ACCGGGUUGUGGGACAGUGUUUUUAUUCAGUCCGUUUUUAGUCCACUUCUCAUCCACCUGUGCGUUGCUUCACCAAAAGAGUAACUUUAGGCUAACAUGACAAAGAUUCUGUUAGCUUACAGCGUUGUUAAAUCUCUGAGGCAGGGAUGUGUGGUUGGCAGAAGAGUGGGAAACACGUCGGCCUGGCUGAGACUUCAAACUGCUAAACUUUUUAGUGUGAAGGCCCAGACAGCACACCUGGUCUUGGAGGAUGGCACCAGGAUGAAAGGGUUUUCCUUUGGGCACGAUGCCUCAGUAUCAGGGGAGCUAGUCUUCAAUACUGGGCUGGUGGGGUAUCCUGAGGCCCUGACUGACCCAAGCUACAGAGGUCAGAUCUUGACCCUGACUUACCCAAUCGUAGGAAACUAUGGUGUACCCAACACCCAGGAGCUGGAUGAGCUGGGCCUGAGAAAGCAUGUGGAGUCAGAACGUAUCCAGGUAUCUGGUCUUCUGGUUCAAGACUACAGCCACGAGUACAGCCACUGGAACUCUGUCAAGUCUCUGAGUCAGUGGCUACAAGAAGAGAAGGUUCCUGCACUGUUUGGGAUAGACACAAGAAUGCUGACCAAGGUCAUCAGAGACAAGGGCACAGUUUUAGGGAAGAUUGAAUUUGAUGGGCAGCCUGUUGAAAUAUCUGACCCCAACCAGAAAAACCUGGUAGCAGAGGUCUCAACCAAGGAAACCAAAAUUUUUGGAAAAGGAAAUCCAAUCAAAGUGGUGGCAGUUGAUUGUGGUAUUAAACAUAACAUCAUUCGCCUUCUGGUUAAGAGGGGUGCAGAGGUCCACCUUGUCCCCUGGGACCAAGACUUGCUGAGUCUGGAUUACCAUGGCCUUUUCAUCUCCAAUGGACCCGGAGAUCCUUCUCUGGCCAAGACACUCGUCCAGAAUGUCCGCAAGGUGCUGGAAAGUGAUCGUCCUCAGCCGGUGUUUGGAAUCUGUAUGGGAAACCAAAUCACUGCUCUGGCUGCAGGAGCAAAGUCAUAUAAACUACCUAUGGGCAACAGAGGGCAGAACCAGCCAGUGCUGAAUGUGAUGACGGGCCAAGCCUUCAUUACGGCGCAGAACCACGGCUACGGCAUAGACAGCGAGUCCCUGCCCCCAGGGUGGAGCCCGCUAUUCAUUAAUGCCAAUGAUGGCACCAAUGAGGGCAUCAUGCACAACAUUAAGCCUGUUUUCACGGCUCAGUUCCACCCGGAGGCUAAAGGUGGUCCCACAGACACAGAGUUCCUCUUUGAUACUUUCAUAUCCCUGAUCAAGAAAGGAAAGGAUGCCAACCUAGUGUCAGCCAUGCCCAGGAAGCCCAACAUUCCUCCUAGAGCCCAGGUGUCAAAGGUGCUGGUACUGGGUUCUGGUGGCCUAUCUAUUGGUCAGGCUGGAGAGUUUGACUACUCAGGUUCUCAAGCCAUCAAGGCUAUGAAGGAGGAGAAUCUGAAGACUGUGCUCAUGAACCCAAACAUAGCCUCUGUUCAGACCAACGAGGUGGGCACAAAACAGGCUGACUCAGUCUACUUCCUGCCUGUCACGCCACAAUUUGUAACUGAAGUCAUCAAGGCUGAGCGUCCGGAUGGCAUCCUUCUCUCCAUGGGGGGACAGACAGCCCUCAAUUGUGGAGUAGAAUUGUUCCAGCGUGGCAUCCUGGAGAAAUAUGCGGUGAAGGUCCUUGGAACACCGGUGGAGUCCAUUAUAGCCACAGAGGACAGGCAGCUUUUUGCUGACAAACUGAUGGAAAUCAAUGAGAAGAUCGCACCCAGUAUCGCUGUUGAGUCGGUGUCUGAUGCCUUGAAAGCAGCAGAGCAGAUUGGCUACCCAGUGAUGUUACGAUCGGCUUAUGCCCUGGGAGGUCUGGGCUCUGGUCUGUGUGCCAACAAAGAAAAGCUAGAGGAAACCGCCCACAAGGCUCUGGCCAUGAGCAGUCAGAUCCUAGUGGAGAAAUCUUUGCUUGGCUGGAAGGAGGUGGAAUAUGAGGUGGUGAGAGACGUGGCUGAUAACUGUGUCACCGUCUGCAACAUGGAGAACUUCGACCCACUGGGCAUUCACACAGGUGACUCUAUAGUAGUGGCACCAAGCCAGACAUUGUCCAACGAGGAGUACCACAUGCUUCGUGAGACCGCUAUCAAAGUGGUCCGCCACCUUGGCAUUGUAGGUGAAUGCAACAUUCAGUACGCCCUGCACCCAUCAUCAUUGGAGUACUGCAUCAUUGAGGUUAACGCCCGGCUCUCCAGGAGUUCAGCUCUGGCAUCCAAAGCCACUGGGUACCCCUUGGCAUUUGUAGCUGCUAAGCUGGCUCUGGGAAUCCCCCUACCAGAGAUCAAGAAUGCUGUAUCGGAGAAGACCACAGCCUGCUUCGAACCCAGUCUAGACUACAUCGUCACUAAGAUCCCCCGCUGGGACUUGGACCGCUUUCAGGGCAUGUCCCGUGAAAUAGGCAGUGCCAUGAAGAGUGUUGGAGAGGUGAUGGCAGUGGGCCGGACCUUUGAGGAGAGUGUGCAGAAGGCCCUGAGGAUGUGUCAUCCAUCAGUGGAUGGCUUUGUGCCCCGGCUGCCACUCAAGAAAGCCUGGGCUGAAACCCAGGACCUGCAACAGGAGCUGGCUGUGCCCUCCAGCACCCGCAUCUUCUCCCUCGCCAAGGCCCUCCACUGUGGCAUGAGUGUAGAUCAGAUCCAACAGCUGACGGCCAUAGACAAGUGGUUCCUCCACAAACUCCACAGGAUAACACAGCUGGAGAAACACCUAGCAAACUACAAGAGUGGCACAGUACCCACAGAGCUGCUGCUCAAAGCCAAGCAGGAUGGCUUCUCAGACCGGCAGAUUAGUCAGAUUCUGGGCUCCAGUGAGAGAGUGGCCAGAGAGCUGAGGCUCACUCAUGGUAUCAGACCUUGGGUCAAACAGAUUGACACCUUGGCAGCAGAGUACCCUGCUAUGACCAAUUACUUGUACUGUACCUAUCAUGGUCAGGAGCAUGAUCUGGACUUUAAAGACCAGGGAAUUAUGGUUCUUGGUUGUGGGCCCUACCACAUUGGGAGCAGUGUUGAGUUUGACUGGUGUGCGGUGUCCAGCAUUAGAGCCUUGAGACAGAUGGGCAAGAAGACGGUGGUUGUCAACCACAACCCUGAGACCGUCAGCACUGACUUUGACGAGUGUGAUCGCCUUUAUUUCGAAGAGCUGACCCUGGAACGCAUCCUGGACAUCACCCAACAAGAGGGUUGCUCUGGCAGCAUUGUGUCAGUAGGAGGCCAGAUCCCCAACAAUCUGGCCGUCCCGUUGCACCUCAGUGGGGUGAAGAUUCUUGGGACGAGCCCCCUGCAAAUUGAUCGGGCUGAGGAGCGCUCCAUUUUCUCCAGUGUCCUAGAUGACCUCGGCGUGGCGCAAGCCCCUUGGAGGGCCCUUAGUUCUCUGGAAGAUGCCUUUGCAUUUGCCAACCACGUGGGCUAUCCCUGUCUACUCCGCCCCUCCUAUGUUCUCAGUGGCUCUGCAAUGAACGUUGUGUACGGAGAAGAGGAGAUGAAACGUUUCUUGGAGGAGGCCACUCAGGUGUCCCAGGAACAUCCAGUGGUCAUCACCAAGUUCAUCCGCGGUGCCAGGGAGGUAGAGGUGGAUGCUGUGGCGAAGGCUGGCAAGGUUCUGGUCCAUGCCAUAACAGAGCAUGUGGAGGACGCUGGGGUGCACUCAGGAGAUGCCACCCUAAUGCUGCCUACCCAGACUAUUAGCCAGGGGGCACUAGAAAAGGUUAAGACCGCCACCCGCAAAAUUGCGCAAGCAUUUGAAAUUUCGGGGCCCUUCAACACUCAAUUUCUGGUUAAAGGCAAUGAUGUCAUGGUGAUAGAGUGUAAUCUGCGGGCGUCACGCUCCUUCCCUUUUGUAUCAAAAACAAUUGGUGUGGACUUUAUCAAUGUGGCAACCAAAGUGAUGGUGGGAGAGCCACUGGAUGAGGCCAGCCUGCCCUCGCUGGAGAAACCCAUCAUUCCUGUAGACUAUGUGGGCAUCAAGGCACCCAUGUUCUCCUGGCCACGGCUGAGGGAUGCAGACCCCGUACUUCGCUGUGAGAUGGCCUCCACUGGAGAAGUAGCUUGCUUUGGACCAAACAUUUAUUCAGCCUUCCUGAAAGCGAUGCUCUCCACAGGCUUCAAGCUGCCACAGAAGGGCAUUCUGAUUGGGAUUCAGCAUUCGUUCCGACCCAAUUUCCUGGCCACAGCACACCAACUGAAGGAGGAGGGCUUCAAACUCUAUGCAACUGAAGCCACUUCUGCCUGGCUGUGCGCCAAUGACGUGUCAGCCACUCCAGUAGCCUGGCCCACUGAGAAGGGAGAAAAGACCAGCUUGCCGAGUAUUAAGAGACUGAUCAGCGAGGGUCAUAUUGACCUGGUGGUCAACUUGCCCAAUAACAACACUCGUCACCUGAAGGAUAACUUCCUCAUCCGUAGAAUGGCUGUCGACCAUGGUGUUCCCCUCAUCACCAAUUACCAGGUGGUGAAGCUGUUUGCAGAAGCUAUUCACUACGCAGGUGAGCUUGACACUACCAGUCUCUUCCACUACCGGCAGAAAGACAGCCAACAAAGAGGGGUUAGCCAGCAGGGCUAGAGCUUCCUCCCCCAUAUCUCACUCACCCUUUGGUUCCCUUUGCAAAACAGCAGUAUUAAGCAGGAGCAAAAGUUUGCAAUAUAGUUUGUUAAAUGUUCCUUCUGUUUUCCCAUCCCAUGGUGCCAAGAAGGUGAUAUUUUAGUGGCAGGGCUUGCAGUCUGUUAGGAGUUACUUAGACCAAAACGUAAUAAUCAAUGAUGUUCAUAAACCCUAUACCUCAUGACAAAUUUCAUAUCAGUAUCUACUGUGAUAAGGUGCCUUUUAAAAGGGUUUCUAACUAAUGCUUUUAUUGUUGGUCAGUAAUUUUCUUAUGUUUUAUAGGUAGGUUGUAAACUAUUAACAAGCAGAUCUCGUGUUGCCAGGUAAUGAAAAAUCUGUGCUUGGUUUUCCUCCUCCAGGAGGACGCCUGCUUAUAAAUGUUGAUAAAUAAGAAAUGGUUCUUGCAAUAAUUAAAGUUUGUAUCUGUAAAUCUUAAGAAGUUGUUAUAAAAUGGAUUGUGGACCAGAUAGUCUGCCGAUCUUUUCCAAAUGGUCAUUGUCAAACAGGUAUCAUGCUGCCGGAGGAAGGAAGACCAGCCAGAGAUUUUUACAACCUGAUAGUCCAAAGGUGUUUAAGUGAGGUAUAAAGCAUUUAGUGAAUGAAUUAUUAGUAAAUAAGAACUUACGUUACCUCAUAUAGACCGCCCCAUAAAACGUGACUUAUAAUAGAGUGGUACCAGAGAGGGUAAAUUAUACUGUCUUUUUUUUUUCCACUGAAGUAUAUCCCAUAAAGGACAGUGUUGCUGGUGUGUUACAGUGGUUGUAUGGUUUUGCUUUUGCUUUUAUUUACAACCAGCAGUUUUUAUUCUUUGCUUCACAUUUCAAUUUGGGGCAUUUGUGAAUUUGAUGCAAUGACAGUUUUCAGCUUCUCAGGUCUCCCUGACUUUAUUUUAAUACCAGUGGUUUUGGUAAAUCCCUUUUUACUCUUUUGAUCUCAUUCAUAUAUAUUUUGUUUUAUACUUAAAAUGGUGCAAAAAAUAUAUUGUAAACAUGUACAAUACAAAUGGCUUUUAAAGAUGUUGAUAAGGUAGCUGUAAGGUAAUCAUUAUGCAUUUUCUGAUAUCACUAAACUUUUAUUUUUCAAGAGCUGCAGCCUCAUACCCUAUCUUUAAAGCUUGAAGUUGAUGAUAACUGUUUAUGUAUUAUAUACAUAAUGUACAUAUUCAAUGUACAAUGUAUAUAUUCAAACUGAGUCUGCAUUUGAACCUGCUCUGCGUUUUAAAAGAUCACACCAUAAGUACAUUUAUCUAUGUACAGAUAUAAUCCCCCACUCUGUUCAUUUUGCUGUUGUUUUUUUCAUGUGUGUUAUGUAAGAAUCCGGUGAAAUACAAUCAG